AUGAGUUUAAAAAACAUUAUAAAUAAUUUUAAAAUAAAAAAAACUGACAUUGGAAAUAUUGAAAAUAACAAUAGGAGUAGAAAUAGCAGUAGUUGUAGUAAUAGUAGUAGUAAAAAGAAGAAUAGAGUAGUAAAUGAAGAGAUAAUGAGUAAUCAAAGAGAUAUAAAUUCAAUCAAUAAUUCUUUUAAGAGGUUAUUUAUGAAGUCAAGUUCAGAUGGCAAUCCACUACAACAACAAUCAUCACCGAGAUCAAAGAAUGGUGCUUCACUAGAAUCGAGUGCCAUAGAUGAGUUCCACAGAAGAACAAUGCUCUUGAAAUCGAUAUUAAAGAAUCAAUUUGUAUUUUCAAUUAUUUUCGGUUUUGUAAGGUGUUCCAAUUGGCUGGCAGCUGAAUCGAUUUCCAUUGAACCAACAACAACAACAACCAAUGGAAAUUCAUCAACGUUGAUAAACAGCACCUCCAAUGGUUUAACUUUAGCAAUCAACAGUCAGACAGGUGGAAAACGUUAUAAUGAAAUUUACAAUGUAGAAUGGAUCACAUCGAACAGACAUUUCUCCUUGCUAAAGUACAAGUUGGACAGAAAGGAAUCGUUAUAUGGAUGGUCAACUACUUGUUUCGUUUCACUGCUGAAAUAUUGUACGGAUUGGGAACUGGUCGUACAACUCUUGAAAUCCAGUAAACACACUGAGCUUCAUCGUCAGCUACCAAUAUUCGACCACUCUUCGUACAACCCGUCACUGGAGCUGAUCACCUAUCUCUAUAAACAUGGAUACAAAGGAACGAGCGAUGCCGUCGACAAUGCAUCAGCAGCCGGUCAUCUUCCAGUGGUUGAAUUUCUCACCAAACACAAAUAUCCAGCGACAAAAGCAGCAUUGAAUGCUGCGGCAUCCGCUGGACACUUGAACGUCGUUGUUUUCCUCUCGAAGAGUAGAAGUGAAGGAGCAUCAAAGUUGGCACUCGAUGAAGCCGCCAUCAAUGGACAUUUGGAAGUGGUUAGAUUCUUGCUGGCCAACAGAACGGAAGGCGCCACUCCUGCAGCGAUAGAUCGCGCCAGUCUAGAAGGACAUACCGAUAUCGUUGUUAGUUUGGUCGAUUCCAAUAUUAUUAGGGGCACGAAAGAUGCAGUGGAUUUCGCAGCUGUCAAAGGACAUUUGCGAAUCGUUGAAUAUCUAACACGUGCCAAAUACGAAUGUAGUAUUGCAGCACUCAAUUCCGCUGCUACCAACGGACAUCUGGAAUUAGUUAAAUUCUUACACUACAAUCGCACCGAAGGAUGUUCAGUAAUGGCACUUAACGGUGCAGCUACAAAUGGACAUUUGCACAUAGUUAGAUUUUUACAUGAGAAUCGCACUGAAGGAUGUUCGACGAGUGCGAUGAAUGGUGCGAUUACCAAUGGACAUUUGUCGGUGGUGGAGUUCCUACAUUACAAUCGCACAGAGGGUUGCUCCAAAAAUAUAAUAGAAGAGGCAUCGAAAUUCUCAAAUAAUCUAGCGGUCAUUCAAUUCCUCUUGGUGCAACGUAAGGAAAGUUUCACAGGGGUGGCUCUAAGUAAUGCCGCCGAGAAGGGUAACCUCGAUAUCCUCAAACUUCUGACAUCACAAUUCGAUCGAACCACUGUAGCUACUGGACAACUACCGAUCGUACGAUUCAAUAUGGCAACGAUUGCUGCUCGUGGCUAUCUGGAAACAUUGAAAUUCCUGGCGGAGCAACAACUUGGCGUCGAUUGUUACACGGUGGAAUGCAUGAAUCAAGCAUGUCAAUUCGGAAGAUUGGAAGUGGUGAAGUAUCUCCAUGAGAAUAGAAGUGAAGGAUGCACUGCUAAAGCACUGAAUAGUGCAAUAUUGAAUGGACAUCUGGGUGUGGUAAGAUUCUUGAUGGAGAAGAGAUCCGAACAAUUUGGAUUGGCCGAUAGGGAGCAAGCGAUUCAGACGGCAGCGAAGCUUGGAAAGUUGGAAAUCGUAAAGCUGUUUGUGGAGGAAUUCAAUUGUGAGCCGUUACUAGCGAAGAAUGUUCAAUGUUGUUUCGACGAAUCAUCGCAAAGAGGUCAUUUGGCAGUGAUCAAGUAUCUCUAUUCAAAGUAUCCCGAGCAGAUAUCGAUAGAGAAAAGCUUGUCAUAUGCAAUCAGUAUCGACCAAUUCGACAUUGUCGACUAUCUCGAUAGAAUAAAGAAACAGAAACGUGCAAAAGUGUCAUCGUCAGCCGGUGCCAUUCCAUUUUACAAUAGAGAUCAAUCAAAUAGCAGUAACAAUAACAACAAUGUUAAAGAUAACAACAGCAGCAAUCAGACAACAUUGUCAACAACAACAACCUCAACAAAUGACUAUAUUCACAGUAGUUCACUCUCUCAUUCUAUGCCACCAGCAUAUUUCACAAACAAUAAUAAAAAGUGA